GUGCAAGAGGGAGGGAGGGAGAGACAGAGCGGUGCGAGAAGCAGGUGGAGCUGCAACAGCUUGCCACAUCUCCCCUUGCAUGCCGAUCGCCUCCAAGCUCCUGUACUUCCAGCGCCGCCCCUCGCCGGCGCCGCCGGAUCCCCCCGACCCGCGCCGCCGGCCCUGCCGCGGGGCGAGCGCCUCCGGGCCCCGCCGCCAGCGCAGCUCGGCCGUCUCUCACCACCACCACCACCACCACCACCACAAGCCGGGCCAGGAACUUGUUCCAGGAAUCCAAAGAGAUGGUGCUAAGCUUGUGGGGUGUGCUGGAAACAAAAUAGAACAUAUAGGGUUCACGUGCUCAAGCUCAACGCUAAGCCGCAGUGUAUCGGAUCAUGGUCGGCUCCCUGAUGCUGUUCAACAGGCUAGAGAAAGGCUUCUUCAGAGGCUUAAUAGCGUGGACUUGUCAGGAAGAAGGGAGAACACUUCGUCCUCAGAGACCAUUUGGGCUGGAAUAGUAACUCAUCCUGCUGACAUCGGUGCCUCCAUCGUGGCCGAUAGCGAAGUUGGUAGCCUAACCAAUUACUUCCAGUCUAGUGUAUCCAUCACCACCUACAACAGAGUCCAAGAAACAUUCCCAGAGCCUCUCAGCGCCGUGGAUAAGUGCAUGCCUGUCGCCCCGUGCACCCAGCCGGUCCCUGUGCUACAAGGAACGGCCUGCGAAGACGUGGAAGAAGGCGAAUGUGCCCGGACUUCGCCGGAGUGCUCGAUAUGCCUGGAGAGGUGCGGCGAGGCGGACGGGCUCAUGCAGCUGCGCUGCAAGCAUGUCUUCCACUCGGCCUGCCUCGAACGGUGGCUUCGAUCCCACGGCGACUGCCCCUACUGCAGGGGCAGUGUGCUUCUGACGUCGGAUGAAUGAGAAAACUCAACUAUGGAUGCGAUGCAGCUUAACCUGUUCUACCAAGGACCUUUGAGUUUGUUAUAAUUAAGUAGCGAGGUGAUGACGCUGUGCUUGAGCGAUGAGUUGCUACAACAGUACAACUGGCUCCUUAUCUCUGUACAACUACGGAAUCAUGAGAUUAGAAGCAGUAAGAUAGCUGUGUUAUGAGGAUA